AUGGAUGAAUCGUUAUCUAGGUCAUUUGAUUUCGAAGAUUGUGAAAAUCGGGUUCUUGUGAAGCUGUACGCAAGUGAUCAGCUAGAACUCAAAGAUAUCGAUUUUGAAAUUGACUCAGAUGUAUUAGGCGUGUCAACGCCAACUAGUGAAAAAUGGUAUUUUCAACUAUUCGGUCAUAUUUAUCCGGAUAAAACAGAAAUUAAUACGGAUAAAAAUAACACACAAACAUCAAUCUCGAUCACUCUUUACAAACAACAACCGCGUGUCGUUUGGCAUACUCUUCACAGUCUCAGUUCAAUACCCAUCACUCCACAACGUCAUUCUGUUCAUACGGGCAUUUCUUCUGACCGUCAUUAUGAUACAUCUUCAACAGAAACAGCCACAACAACAGUAACAAAUUCCACUUUUCUAUUAAACGAUCACAAUUCAGAACAACUAGAUGCAACCACUCAUUUUCACGAAUUACAAUUUAAAAAAAUGGAAUCCGAAAUAUCUGGAGAAACAGAUGCAACAAUAACCACAAACUUUCAUAUUAAAAAAGUUGAAAUUUUAUCAGUACGUUUUACCGAAACAAAUUUUAUUGUAAAUUUUCAAUCCUGUGAUGAACAGUUUCUUCAAUUUCAUUCGUCUACUACAAAUUUUCUAAAUCCACAAACUAAAUUUAAAUUACUCGUUCGUGUGAAAGAACGUAUUAUACCCGAACAGUGUACAUGGAAAUUGACAUUGACAUCGAUUGAAAUUAAAUUAGUAAAAGAAAAUUUAGGAAGAUGGCAAAAACUAAUAGCUUCAGAAUACGAUGAACAAACAACAAAAUCUCAAUUCCCCACAUUUUUAUCAACUCAACCAUUUACAAUGUCCACUCCACCUUCACUAUCUUCAUCCACAACAACAACAGUUACGCCGUCAAAAGUAUCCAUUGCCUUACCUGCACCAGCACUACGGGCAUCAACAACGAAUGAAUUCAAAUCAUUGUAUAGUACUGGACGUGAUACAAGUCUACGAACAACAGCGUCGGCUGAAGGCUAUACAGGCAUUUAUAACCCAGCUAAUUCAUGUUUCAUGAAUGCUGCUAUACAAUGUUUAGCGAAUACAAGAGAAUUACGAGAUUAUUUUCAACGAUGUUAUUAUCCAUUGGAAAUAAAUAAAACAAAUCCUUUGGGUAUGAAAGGUGCAAUGGUCGAAGAAUUUGGUGUGUUAAUGGAUAAUCUAUGGAGUGGAAAAUAUAAUUAUACAAGUGCAAAUAAAUUAAGAAAUCUAGUCGCACAACGUCAUCAAGAAUUUGUUAGUAAUGGUCAACAUGAUGCCCAAGAAUUACUCACAAUUUUACUUGAUGCUCUACACGAAGAUUUGAAUCGUGUAAAAAUUAAACCAAAUGUUCCAGCUGUUGAAGAUCAAGGGAGACCUGAUUCUGUUAUUGCCGAUGAAUAUUGGCAAGGUUAUUUAAGUCGUAAUGAUUCAAUAAUCGUACAGUUAUUCACUGGACAAUUUAAAUCAAAAACCAAAUGUCCACAAUGUAACAAAGAAUCUGUUACAUUCGAUCCAUUCACAUCACUAUCAGUACCAUUACCAAAACGAACAGCAGUCGAUACAAUCGUCACAUAUAGAACAGAAGGAAAACAACCAAUUAAAUAUCGUAUCCUCAUGUCAUACGAUGGCUUAAUUCAUGAACUUAAAAGUAUAUUGUCAUUAAAAUGUGGUUUGCAUCCAACUAAGAUGUGUGCCUAUCGACUUCGGAAUAAUAAUCGUCUAGUUGAUUAUUUGAAAGAUGACGAUCGUGUGUCGGUAAAUAAUUUUUCAUGGAACACAAAUGAUAUCAUCUAUAUUACUGAAGCAUUAACAAGUGAAGAAUGUAAUAAUGAAAAAAUUGUUCGUUUAACAUUUUAUCCACGUGUAUUUAAAUCAAAUGAUUUCAUAUUACCGUGUGCAUUUUGUCAAAUGCAAUUAAAUCCACAUAUUAAACCAAAAUGUUGUACAGGAUGUUAUGCAAAAUUCUAUUGUGAUGAUUUUCAUCAAUUGGAUUGUUUCGAUUAUGUUGGUCAACCAUUUAUUGUUACUCUACCAAAAUCAAAAUUAACAUAUGAAAAUGUGGUCGACGAAAUUAAUUUUUAUUCAAAAUAUUAUCUUGAUAUUACUGUACAAAAUGGAAAUGGAAAUUUUGAGCAAAAUAACAGUGAUCUGGAAAUUGAUGACGACGAGGAAGAUGUUGAAAACUUUAAUGAUAUUGAAAAUACCGAUUGGCCUACAUUAAAGUCAACGUUAACAAGUCAAGAUUCAUGGAGUAUUUGUCGUAUAGGCGAUUAUUUAGCUACACAACAACAAUGUCAAAAGAAAAAACGUCGACAUAAUUAUCAAACAAGUAAUGGAAAAGAAAAAAUUCAGAAAAAAACAAAUCAUAAUUCGGGUAGAAUGAUGAUAGAUGAAAUAGAUGAUGAUGAUGAAGGUUAUGAUAUACUGGAUGAUAUGCUCAAUAAACCACUGUAUCGUUUAUCACCACAAAAUACUAGUCUAUCAAUUAAACCCAUUGUUGAAGCAGAUUGGUAUACUGAUAACAGUCCUGACUCACCAUUAAAAGUAUUAUCUUCAAAACAUCUAGAUGGAGUCAAUAAUCUUAUUGAAGAUCAUAGUUUACAAGAAACAGUUAGUGGAGAUCAAGAUAUAACAUUACAACAAUGUUUAUCAAUGUUUAUUGAACCGGAAGUUUUGGGUGUAGAUGAUAAAUGGUAUUGUCCACAUUGUAAAGAGUUUAUACAAGCAAUAAAACAAAUGUCUGUUUGGAGACUACCACCAAUAUUAAUUAUACAUUUAAAACGUUUCAAAUAUUAUCAUGGCACAUUUGGUUAUAUGUCAGAUACAAGAGCAAAAAUAGACACAAAUGUUAAAUGUCCUGUUAGGACCCAAAGAGAUUUGAAUAUGGCUCCCUAUUGUUCGUCAACAGAUAUGAAUGAUCAAAAUAUCACAAGAUCACGUUAUGAUCUAUUUGCAAUGGUAAAUCAUCGAGGAACAGCAUGGUUUGGACAUUAUACAGCCUAUGCAAGAUUACUGGCAUCAAAUGAUUCAGCCAAAACAGAAAUAGGCUGGAGAAAUUUUGAUGAUGAACAAGUAUCAACAUUACCUGAAAAUAAAGAUUUAGUUCGUUCUGAUGCUUAUGUACUAUUUUAUCGGCAUCGUUAUCAAACAGUCACCUAUCCUCAAUUUUUAGAACAACAACAAAAUUCCGUAGUUAUUGACUCUACUGCUCCACUUCAAUCACAUUUAUCAUUGAAUCAUAAUGGUAAAAACCAUUUUUUCGAUGACCAUGCGUCAACACAGAGGACAAAAGAUGCUAGUAUGACAGAUAUUGACGAUUUAAUCAAAUGA